AUGGACGACGCAGCUGUACCUAAGCCUGGCAAGUGGCCUGUAGAACCUCAGACCGAUGUCAAGACUUCUGAGGACAGGAUCUGGGUAGACGGCUGCUUCGAUUUUGCUCAUCAUGGACAUGCUGGCGCCAUGCUUCAAGCCAGAAGAUUGGGAAAAGAGCUCUUGGUUGGGAUUCAUUCCGACGAAGAAAUCAUGGACAAUAAAGGCCCAACCGUGAUGACUUUGAAGGAGCGCGUGGCCGCCGUUGAUGCCUGUCGCUGGUCGACAAAGUCCGUUCCAUAUGCUCCAUACGUCACAUCAUUGCCAUGGAUAUCCCACUAUGGUUGCCAGUACGUCGUGCACGGCGACGAUAUCACAUCAGACAGCAGUGGAGAGGAUUGUUAUAGGUAUGUCAAAGCAGCUGGUCGGUUUUUGGUGGUCAAGAGAACGCCGGGGAUCUCCACAACCGAUCUUGUUGGACGAAUGCUUCUUUGUACAAAGAACCAUUUCAUUAGGUCACUCCUGAAGACACUUGCUGGCGAAGAAGGAUCUGAAAGCCCUGAAGAACGGAGAAGACUGGGAGACGAGAUGACUCAGAGGAUCAGGGAUUACGCUACAGACGAGACUGGGUUGCAACCUGGACCACAAGUUCUGAGCUGGGCUGGAUCUAAGGCGGCCAUGGAAGAUCAUGCCUCAGAGGAAACAGGCACCUAUCAUACUAUGGCCAAUGGCAAAGCUCCUCAUCAAAGCCAACGUAUCGUCUACGUAGACGGAGGUUUUGAUCUUUUCUCAUCUGGACACAUUGAAUUUCUUCGGCAAGUGGCCAUGGCGGAAGAAGCAAUGGGCCAUCAAAAUGGAUGGUAUGAGGACCCCAAUAAGGACUAUGGCCCUGCAUACAUCGUGGUUGGUGUUCACGAUGAUGAGGUCAUCAAUCACUGGAAAGGUGUAAACUACCCAAUUAUGAACAUUUUCGAGCGUGGCCUUUGUGUCCUUCAGUGUCGAUAUGUUGACUCUGUCAUAUUUUCGGCCCCUUUCACACCUAGCAAAGCCUACCUCACUAACAUCCCGUACGGCAUUCCCAAUGCGGUCUAUCAUGGCCCCACGUCGUUUAUGCCCCUUACGUAUGAUCCUUACACGGCCGCCAAAGCAUUGGGUAUAUAUCACGAGAUCGGCAAUCACGAUUUUCAGAAUGUGAACGCAGGGGAGAUCGUGCAGCGAAUCUUGAAGAGUCGAGAGAUGUACGAGGAGAGGCAAAGAGCGAAGGGCGAGAAAGCUGCAACAGAAGAAGCUGUUCAGAGAAGAGAGGCGAUGGAGCAAGAAGCAGCAAGGCUAGAGAAGGACCGAGCAGGUAACAGGUGA